GGGCGGGACUUCCUCUCUCCGGUGGAUGAGGCUUCCUGGUCGGCAGGAGAACUUGAGGGCUCGGUUCAGUCGGGGUGGCAGCGGGUGCGUGAGGGCGCCUCGGGACGGGGCCCAACCAGGCGCCACAGCGGACGACGCAGCAGCACGAAGCCCCAGCGGAGGAAGCUCCUCGCCGGCGAUGCUGCCCUGACAGUCUCCACCCCGCCGCCAUGUCUGAAGUCCACAAGACUGUGCAGAAGUGGCACGCCAGCUUCAGGAAGGGGACCGACUUUGACUCGUGGGGACAACUGGUGGAGGCGAUAGACGAGUACCAGAUACUGGCCCGACAGCUGCAGAAGGAGGUCCAGUCCACAUCGUCAGACUUCACGGAGGAGCAGAAGAAAACCUUGGGAAAGAUCGCAACAUGUCUGGAGAUGAGAAGUGCCAGUUUACAGAACACACAGACGAAAGACGAGUUCAAACUGGAAGAGCUGAAGAAAGUGGAGAGCAUUCUUCAGAAUAUUCAGACGUACAACAAAGAGUUUCCCUUCGACGUCCAGCCGGUGCCCUCCAGGAAAAUCUUGGCGCCCGGUGAGGAGGAGAACCUGGAGCUGGAGGAGGAGGACGCAGGAGCAGUUGUGGGAUCCGCAGAAGCCUUCGCCCCUCGACCCACUGGUACCUUGUUGCCACGGUUACCCUCCGAACCCGGGAUGUCGCUGCUCACCUUGAGGAUCGAGAAGAUCGGGCUGAAGGACGCGGGCCAGUGCAUCGACCCGUACAUGACUGUCAGCGUCAAAGACUGUAACGGCGUGGACCUGAACCCGGUGCAGGACACGCCGGUGGCCACCAAGAAGGAGGACACCUACAUUCACUUCAGUGUGGACGUGGAGGUCCAGAGACACGUGGAGAAGCUGCCCAAAGGAGCCGCCAUCUUCUUUGAAUUCAAACACUAUAAACCCAAGAAGAGGUUCACCAGCACAAAAUGUUUCGCCUUCAUGGAGAUGGACGAGAUCAAGCCUGGGCCCAUCGUCAUCGAGCUGUACAAAAAGCCGACGGACUUCAAGAGGAAGAAACUGCAGCUUCUGACCAAGAAGCCUCUGUACCUUCAUCUUCAUCAAACAUUGCACAAGGACACUUGAGCUGCCCUCGACACCCGUCAGUCCCCCUCGUCCUGCAGAGCAUCCCCGGAAGAAAGUCGGCGUCACUUCAGUCUUCCUGCAGCUUCAGACCAGCAGCGGGCCGCGGACCUGGUCCCGGUCGUCACAGCAGAUCCAUGCGCCAAGACGCUUCAGAACCUAACAAGAACACUCACCUGCUUUUACUUUGAAAAGCCUGCGGCGCUGCCUAAAGCUUUUAUUUUGUACUAAGACGUCUUCACUAAAACAUGUUGAAUGUACAUUUUGAUUUGAACCACACUUGUUGCGAUGCACUACACCAGUGUUCGAGUCUGGAUUCAAGGUUUUCAGCAGAGUUUUAACACAAGCGUGUCAUCGACUCAUUGUUUAACAUGUGUUCCACCAUUAAAGAGCUUCAAUGAGGAAAGCUGAGUCAGCGUUA